UGAUACCUUUUUGAUACCAGGAAGGGACAUGAGACUCUGGCAUUAGCUCGGUGCUGAAAUCCAUCUACAAUGGCUAAAGCAGUGAAGUCCAGUGAAAGUGAAAAAUCUAGUAGCACAUGCCAAGAGAAAAAGAAGAAACCAUCCCAGAAAAAUCUCCUUAACAGAAACUACAGCCUCUACACUCAUAGAGUGCUGAGAGAAGUGGUCCCCAACCAAGGUCUGUCAUCCAAAACCGCUGACAUCAUGAACCGCAUGAUCAAUAACAUCCUUGAGCGUAUUGCCGAAGAGGCCUGUAACCUCUUGUGUUACAAAAGACAUUUAACCCUUAGUCACCAAGAUCUCCAGAUGGCGGUUUACAGGCUACUGCCCAAUGAGCUGGCCAAGCAUGCUGUGGCUUUUGGCACAAGAGCUGUUACAAGUUACAAUGACUCCAAGUCUCCUAUCAACCUGUGACCGAAUUCAGGUUAGGAACGCUGCUGCUGGUUAUAAUACAGAUUUUCAAAGAAGAACCUAUCACCAAAGUGGCUAUCUGCUUUGGAAAAGAACAAGAAGAAACUAAGAUUCCCCCCCAUCUCCGCACCCAAAAUGAUGUUUUCAAGCAAAGACAAAAAGCCAUCAGGACAAAAAAAUUUCUCCAUCAAAGUCUGUAUUUCAAAAUGCUUAGCAUUGUUUAUAAUUUGAGCAGCCUGAGCCUUAAAAAUCUCAUGGAAAGAAUCACAAA